AUGCCUGGUGAUGGUGAUCAUGAUAAUCGGUUCAAGACCGUACAUCUGACCCACAACACGGGUGAAAUGAAGAAGUGGUUUCCUAAAAGAUAUCCCCGGGAAGGAGCUUCUGAAAACGAAAUUAUAUUCCAUGAGACGCAACGGGAGGAGAUUUCCUACCCCCCGUCCCGUUAUGGCUCGGAUCUAGUUAAAAAGAUCAACAGCAGUUUCGGCAACGAUACUGCCGCCAAAGACAGGGAGCAGAAUAAGAUAGCAGGGCGGGAUUUUGCGUACGCCAAAGACGAACCCAAGCACUGGUCGUCUAGAUCUGACAAGAGGUAUUAG